AUGAUGAGCAAAAUGAUGGAAACAACGAGUCCACGUCCUGGAGCUUCUCUUGCCUUCGUGAUGCAGUUGUUCAGAUGUGUUGCAGCGUUUGUGGAAGCGUACCCGGCAGCUCUAAGUGCUGCCGUGCAAGUAGUGAUUUGCAUCGUGCUGUAUGUGGCUUCUUGCAUCUUUCGGCGAGACUCUCAGCCGACUGUGAACGUCCAUAUCGGUGGCGUCACUGUGAGCGUGGCUCCAUCUGCUCCCCAGACUGCACCUCAGCUUUAUCGCAAGGACCGCCUUGUGCAGGUUACAGCAGUGCUGAGGGUUUCGAUGCCGAAGCGUGGAUCACUGAAGCAGCCCGUGAGGCUCGCAUGCAAAGUGUCAAGCCGAACGCAGAGGUGCUUCCAGCAAGACCAAAAGCAGCCCACGAAGUGA